CCUCGCUGUUUUGACAUCCGUCAAAUAUGUAUAUAUGAUCCCCUGCAUGUAUGGCUUUUUAUGAGGCAUGAAUCAUUACGACCGCGAUGCCCGAUUCUUCCUUUGCCGAAAGGAUCAGCAGAAAAUGGAAUCCCGCUGCCAAGAAACAUACGUUAAUCCAAGUCCACUCCCACGAACGCAGAGACACGGCGUCGACCUCGGAAUCCAGUCAAGAAAAUGAGACCCGCUAUGAAUGCAACCACCAGAACAACGGUGGCCCUAAGUUGUGGACACCCGCAGUCCUCCGCCCUUUGGUGUUUGUCGCAUUCGCAGUACUCUUCGUGAUAAUACUCGUAGUGGUCCAAGUGCUUUACAGUUUCUCGAACCGAAACAAUGGAUUAAGUGCGAGUGACCCGAAGUAUCGUUAUCUUUGGACAUACGGCCCCACGGCUGUUUUAAUUAUUGUGGCUGGGAUUUGGGGACAAGUCGAGUAUCGCACGAAGCAACUCAUGCCAUGGAAAUCCCUGAGCCAGACACCGAAGCCGGCAUCCCAGACCUUGCUACUAGAUUAUGUCUCGGACUGGAACGUGGUUACCCUGUUCAGGGCCCUGAAACGCUCUCACUGGGCCGUUGCCGUCGCCAUCCUCGGAACUCUCCUCCUGAAGCUACUCACGGUGGUUUCGACGGGCCUGUUCAUGCUUCAAAAUGUUCACAUCAGCAAUGUUAGUACCAAACUGGCGGCGCAAGCGGCGUUCAAUGGGACGGGCUAUAACAGUACGAAAGUGGACAGUAAUGCUGCGCUGACCAUUGUCGGCUCGAAAUUCCUCAAUCUUCCCCAUCCUGUUGGAACGACAGAUCAAUAUGCGUUUCCUCCUUUCCGUAAAUCCGAGGCCGUAUCAGCUGCGGACACUAUUGUUUCCGGCACCGUGGGCUUGUUUUCUGCGGAUUUAAAUUGUGAAGUCGCGAAGGUCACAAACUGGACACAAGACUGCCGAACUCAACAUUGCGAACAAACCAGGCUCAACUUGACUCUGAGCACCACAGACUGCGCACGGUUUCAUUUCACAGCGUUCAUGAGAAGCACUUCCGCUGUGGGUGGAUAUCAAGGAGAUGUCUUUUUGGAGAAGUGUGCGAGUGCAAGUGAUGACCGUAAUGAACGGGUGAUUUUUGCGGCUGCGCAUUGGCUGAAUAACAGUGCAAGAGUGCAAUCUAUUGUUUGCGAGCCCACCUACACAAUAUCUCCAGGGCUAGUUUCGCUUUUCGAAAGCAAUCAAAGUGUGGCGAGUAUCGAUACCCGCUCUGCCAACAAGACCGCGGUGAAUCGCAUGAUCCCGGACGUGACCGCUGUGGAUGUAGGUGCUGGGUUGCUUUCAACAUUAUCGGCUGUGCAUGGCUCUAUAGGCUCCCUGAUCCAGCUAGAUAACGGUUACUUGGCGAAUUUAAGCGACCCAAAUAACAACUAUCUCUCCUCCUUUUACCGGAUUGCAACUGUAUCCUCCCCGGGCGACUUCGAGCCUUUGUUGGAUGCAGCGGCCCUGGAGGCUAUGUCUCGCUCAACAUACAAAUCAAUUGCCGCCCAGAUAGCCAGACAAUACCUGAUGACCCCCGCAGACGAGUCAUUGGAUGGGACGUAUUCAGCAAGUACCAAGAGGCUCGUUGUGCGAGAAUUAUCCGUUCGGCUCAUGGAAGCCACCCUGGCGCUGCUGAUCUUGGUGUCGGGAAUGAUGUGGCUGUGGAGACCAGUGAAGAACACGCCUUGCGACCCUGGAACGAUAUCUGGUCUGGCAACGAUACUUGCAAGGAGCUCAGAUCUGUCUGAGAGACUCUCUGGCAUCAAAAAUAGGAAGGAUAUGAAAGCAUCGCUCUCUGACGGUCAAUUCACCUCGCAGAUCGAGAGCAAGGCCGGCCAAUGGACCUUCCGCAUCGUCGCGGAACACCAGACUAAAGAAGAGGUUCGCUCUUCCCAAUCGAUUAGUCCAUUAUCCUGGUGGAGGCCUCUCUCGAUGACAUUGUGGUGGCGAAGUCUUACAUUGGCCGUGCCUCUCCUUGUCAUUGCAGGACUAGAGACCACCUACCAGAUAUCUCAACAACAUAAUGGCCUGACAGAUGUCAGAUCUGAUGGCUAUAUUCGCUACACCUGGGUUUACAUUCCUGCUUUUAUAAUGAUACUAAUACAGGCUCUGUUCGAUGGUACCCACUUUUCCACUCAGGUCAUUCAACCCUACGUGGACCUGAGACGAGGGGGGCGGACGGCACAGGAAAGCUUGAUGGAUAACUACCUCUCGAAACUCACGGUUCAUAGCCUUUGGAGUGCGCUGGCCAAGAUGAAGUAUGCGAUUUCCGCUACGGCGCUGACCAUGGUUCUGGCACCUUGUUUGACUAUCGCAGCGAGCGGCUUAUAUUCGACCGAAGACGUGAGCUUUGUGCGUGCAGUGUCUAUCUCAAGAAGUGACACAUUUAACUUGACAGUGGAUCCUAAGCCCUUUAAUCCAACCCACAGAGGGAUCGGUCUUACCGGAGCUCUUGUCGUUGCGACAAAUGUCUCAUAUCCAGACUGGACAUAUGAUGAGCUAGUGUUUCCUGCUCUGAAGGAAAACUCCCUAACGGAUGUGAAGCGGAAUGCUUUAUAUAAGCCUACAAAUCAGAGCUCUGCGGCUCAAAGCAUCUUGGACGUGACACUGCCUGCACUCCGUGCGGGCCUCGACUGCACUGCUCUUGAAGCGAACCAGAUAUUAAGAGCGAAAACAUUCCAAGGCAGCCCCACCACCUCAGUAGAUGUGUUUAUCGGAGAUAAUUGUACCACUUUCUCUCAGAAGCUCGAUAACGGAACUAUCUUCCGGUCAUACGAUGUGGCCGUCACAACCAACGCCACUGACAGGACCCGUACGGUCUUCGGUGCCUUUCGAACUACAGAAAUCAUAUACAAGAAUCCGGGCUGUCCGUCGAUGAUUGGAUUAUAUGGCGUACUAACCAACCCCAAUUCCACGGACGGCAUACGUGGGUUCACAUGCACGCCGUAUGUUGAUGUAGUGGACGUGGAUACAAAAUUCGCCCUUCCCGGGCUAAAGAUCAACAAAGCUAAGCCGGAUGAGUCCUCGAGCAGACGGUUCGCAAACUCAGACAACUUUGCAUCUCAGUUGGCAUUCAAUAUGUUCUUACCACAGAGUACCGCUGAGGAUGAGGCAUUGGAUAUCUUCUUCACCGCUAUGAUAAAAGAUCAAAAGACCCUGAUGAUCUCGGAUGUCGAACAGGCGGACCGGCUCCCCGCCGUGGUGAAUGCCACCCAGCAUCUCUACCGUGUUCUUAUGGCUCAAAGCCUCAAUGGGAACUCCCGACUUCCCCCUCAGAACGAGACGAUAUACAAUGGCACAGUUAUGGAUCCUACGCGCGUUCGUCUCCAACAAAGUGGCGUUUCGACACGGAUACUUGAAGGGUUUCUUGCCGCCAUGGUCCUCUGCACGCUUGUUGCAUUUUACUUGCUACGCACGAGGGAGGUGAUCCCCGUGAACCCGAGCAGCAUCGCUGGGGCUGCCACGCUGUUGGCUGGCUCGGAGAUGUUGAAGCCCGACGUCAUUCCGCCCGGAUCGGAAUGGUACGACGAUAAGGAGUUGGUGAAACGCGGGGUUUUCAGUGGAUUGAUGUUUGGUCUGGGGUUGUGGGAGGGUAAGCGGUUUGGGAUCGAUAUUGGGCGGCCGGAGGAGUAGAUACUGUUACAUCUUUUGUUUCAUUCUCGUAUACUAGUGGUAGUGAGACAUGCUGGGACUUGGAUACGUUGUACUUAUUUUAGC